AUGAUCUGCGCUGGAGAGAAGAUUCCAGUAAUGUAUCUACCCUACCCAGAACCUUUGAGAGAAGAUGCCGGGUUCGUUCAGGCUUCAAGGGACUCUAUAUUCCUGGAAACAUUAUCAUUCGAGAUGAAGGUGCAAUAUAACCGUGUUGAUUGGUUUCCGCCGCAUUGCGCCAGCAAUCUUCAUUCCGUGCAACUUGUCUCGGAUCGAGAGGCUCGUAAACCACUUCUUUGGUCGAGGUCUCCUCAAUUGCAUGGUCCGUCGAUGUGGACGCUAACUGCUGCACCUCGAAAUGCACUCUGCGGCGGCUUGGAGGUAUCCAAAGCUAAACUCGGCGGUUUCCUGUCAGACAUCCCCAGCACGAACUAUGGUUCUGACCUGACGGGUCGAUGCAAGCUCGAAUGGUGA